AUGUUUGGUAGUAUAGCUAAAAGCGAUAAUUUAAUUUGCGUUCAACCCAAACCCGCCUGGUUGGAGAAAGAGUUUCAUCGCCAACGGAAGGUGAACCUCGAACGGGAGUGCAGCUUCCUUGCGGUGUUUCGGCCGGUUAUCAUAUUUGGCCAGGUGUUUGGGAUAUUCCCUGUCUUGGGAUACGGUUCGGCCAGGGCCAGAGAAAUUGAGUUCAAAUUAUUUUCCCUGCGAACAUUUUACUCGUUGCUGGUGCAAUUGGGUGGAUCAAUACUGUCCGGGUUUUCUAUGGCAACAUUCUGGACUACCGGAGUGGAGUUCUCCAAGAUUCUAUCGUGGAUAUUUUUCACAAUUAACCUUUUAAUUACAUUAUGUUUCACGUUGCUCGCAAAACAGUGGGCCCAACUGAUGACACAGUGGGAAAACACCGAACAGAGUCUCCCACGCAGGACUCAACUCUCUGCUGGCAACAGAAAAUUACUCCGAAAGGUUAAAGUAUUCUCGUCCAUCCUGAUGAUGAGCGCGAUGUUUGAACACGCCCUCGCGAAACCAUCUGGUCUCUAUCGAGCGUACCGAUGCGGAAUUAAGGAACUUUUGAAGGCACACCUGAUGCAAGCCUUCCCCGAAAUGUUCAGCUUCAUUCAGUACAAUAUCUAUGUUGGAUUCGUGGCGCAAGUCGUGACCACAAUACUGACAUUCUACUGGAACUUCAUCGACUUGUUCCUCAUCAUCCUGAGCAUGGGACUGCGAAACAACUUGAAGCACGUAAACGACGUCAUCCUAGACUCCAAAGCAUAUUACCACUCGGAGCUGUUUUGGCAUGACCACUGGAAGCACUACCAACGGGUGUGUGAAUUGGUGCACCUGUUCAAGGGUAAAAUGGCGGUGUUUGUGAUAAUCUCUUUCGCGAACAACUUGUUCUUCAUCUGCAUCCAGUUGGUUGGUUUUUUGAAACCAUACCCGGGUAUUAUAGUAGCGAUCUACGUGUGGUAUUCACUCGCCCAUUUGGUUACAAGGAUGGUCCUAGUAUCGGUUUAUGCAGCUGCAAUCCACGAUGAAUCUAGAAAACUUAUACCACUGUUUCGAACCAUUCCAACGAAGUAUUACAGCAAAGAGUUGCAACGGUUCCACGAACAGGUGGAAAAUGACAAAGUUGCCCUUUCUGGAUUUGGAUUUUUCCAUCUUACUCGGAAAUUACUUCUGAAGAUAUCUGCUACCAUAGUUACUUACGAGUUGGUGCUGCUACAGCUGAAUGACGCCGAAGAGAAGAACGGAGACCAGAAUCCAUGCACUUGA